ACAUAAAAGAUUUGUUUCACAAACUCUACAAAAUACAAUGUUAUGUUGCAUCUACAGGGUUGCUACGGUCAGGGAAAACCGGAAAAAGUCAGGGAAAUCAAAUCAAAAAUAUUUCUGGAAUUUACUGCACAUACUAUGUACCAAAAAACUUUUCCAACAAUGUUAAAAUAUAAAAUAUUCAAGUUGUUUACGAAAACAUGUUUGCAAGACUGCAUUUAAAAAUACACAAUAGACUUUAUAGCGUGUCCCAUGAUUUCAACUAAUCAAUUGAAGCGUUAGGAUCGCCGCUUCUUUCAAACACCGCGCGUCUGCGCGGGCGGCAACUCGUCGUCCCCUCCUUCCUUCCCCCUCCUAGUGUAUGCCUGUUUGCUUCUCGCCUCCCCUCUCCUCCUCCGUUCUGCGCAUGCGCGCUGCGCGGCACAUAUGUUAUAAAAGCAGUCGUUUUCAAUUUAUUCGGUCUUGUUCUUCUAGUAUCAACUAGCUCGUCAGACCUAUUUUAGUCUCUUGAGAGAGCUCGAGUAAUUGUUGGCCAGUUAGACUUUAACUUUGUACGACGUGCACGACCUCGGGGGAAAGAAAAUGUAAGUUGGAGUAAGGCGGUGGCCCUUGCCAUAAUGUAAACGUUUAUUGAAUUUUGUGUGUUUUGUCUAAAUUCCUUUUCGAUUGCCACCUGGAAAAUUACUUUUGGUUUUCAUGUAACAUGACUUAAUUUAACGUAACUUCACCUUGUUUGUAACUGUUCUCCCCUGAGUCGUCGAGGUACGUAAAACGUAACGUAAUUAUUCAUUUUUAGAUAAUGUAACUUACUUUUGUAACGCACGUAAUGCGCAUAAGGCAGUGGGUUUUCCCUGCGUUUUGACAAUCUUGUAAUUUGGCUGUUUCAAUGUGUCUACCGCGCAUGUUUUGUACCACAAUGCGCCGGCGUAAAAUCUCACCUUUUUUGUAGCCUUGAUAAUGGCUCGUUCACUUUUGCUGUGUAUGUUAAACUCAAAACAAAUAAUUGUUUGUUACGUAAUGAUUACCUUGUUAUUUAUUUUUGUUAAGUUUUAUUAAACCUUUAUUAUUGUUUAAAAAUUGUUGUUGUGUUACAAAUAUCCGUUCGCAAUCCUUGACAUGCUAUGGCGUUCCACCCCGUCCUUAUGCCUGUAGGCCUUACACGAUAAGGCCUGAUCGUGGAGUAGCAUGAGGCAGUGAUGUACUUUGUGACCGAUUCUUUGGCGAUUUCUAUUAAUCGAAGUGGGCAAAUGACGGUAAAAUUCUUAUAAGGUUCAUGGUGUGCAGUGGUUAUUUCAUUAUUUUAUAGCAUUGGUAAGUGAAAAAACUACUGUUUGUAUAUUUUUCGUAGAUCGUGCCUAUUUUUCUUGAAGAUUAACAUAGAAUUUGAUUUGGGGAUUAAUGAAGUUAAAUAAAACGUAGCAUAAAACCUUUGUCUUUCUGGUGGACCUGGCAUUUAGGUUAUUGAAUACAAAAACUAAUUUGUUCAGAUUAUUGUUUGCUUAGUCCGUGUUCGAAUAUGUAGCCGUUUCAACAUUUUAAGUGGGUCUAUAAUUGAAAAAAAAAUAUGAAUUAUAAACUUAAUCACUACGCCUACGAGUACACGGUUAAGUAUUAUUCGUUUAUGAUUGAAUUAGUGGUCGUUAAAAACGGGUGAGAAUGGGCCAUGUUAUUUAAACUGAAUUUUUUGAAUUUGUAGGUAUCGUUUGCAUUUUGGGAUCGUUGCUGACUGAUAUUUCGUUGAAUGUAAAUUUUUUAUUCAUGAUGAAAUUGGUUAUGUACCUACUUGAAAUACCGGACACAUGGCUAUGAUUGAAACUAAAAAUUGCAGCAUUUCAACUCGUAACCUCGAAUUCAUACAUAAAUCAGAAUCUAAUAUAUUUAACUUUCUAAAUACUAGUUAAUGUAAUGCUAAUAUAUCUUUGGCUCCAGGGAGUAAGAGUAUAAGUCAAAAUAUUGAAUUUUUUUUUUUUCGGAUAUUAGUAUUUUUUAAGUAGCCGACUAUGUGUGUCUAAGAGUAUAAGUCUCUACUGUACUUUGUUUCCAGUGUAAUAACGAUUUGAACCUAACAGUCCAAGAGAAAUAAAGUUCAUUAUGUUGGGUGUAAGAGUACAAGUCAACUUAUACUGUUACACCCAAGUCAAAAUUAUGUUGGGUGUAAGAGUACAAGUCAACUUAUACUGUUACACCCAAGUCAAAAUUAUGUUGGUACUGUUGCUUGUUUACUGACUUAUACUAUUGGGAACAACUUCUCCCAGCUGUUGGUUGUGGUUAGAAUUUAACUUAUAAAGUUAUAACAAUAGUAGAAGAUUCUGCGUUAUUUUUCACUAUUCCUCUGAUUUUUACAUUAUAAUGUAUAGUGUGUAGGAGAAAUAAUGUAUAGCAGAGGAAAAAAACUUGUUGAACUUGUAAAAACGAAAAUAGCUAAAGAGAAUACCUCCAGUUUAAAUGCAGGUAAGUGCUAAUUAAAUUUAGUGUGGUACUCCAUUUAUGUCUGUAACUGCAGUAAAAUCUUUUGCAUUAUUACUUUUGUCUUUUAUUUUAUUUCAGAUGUGAUUGAAAAUGUGAAAGACAUACCUGUUGUAACAAACGACCGAAUUGAGGUUAGGGACGAUAUAGAUGAGAAAGGAACUGUGAAUAUCGCGGAAUACUGGUCAGAAAGAAAAACAAACGAGGACGAUCAUGUCUUUGUUCAAGAUACUAGGAACACAAUUUCGAAUGGUAUGGAUGAAGAAAUUUCUAAUGUGACUGAAGAACAACUCGUUAAUGUUGAUGGCACACAGCUACCAAACACCUCAUCAUACAAUUGGGAACUUGAUGAAGUUUUAUUUGAAGUUUUUGUUGAGGACACAGGCCUUGCAAGUAAGUUACAUAGUAUGAGUUGGCAUGUAAGCGUAGAUGUAAAACUAUUAUUAUAUUGUAGUCUUUGGCUUUAUUGUGUGGUUAUACUUACGUCAUUAUUUUUAUGUGUAGGUAAUAAUGAAGAUGGAAGUUUGACAGUGCUCCAACCAAUGGUUAUUGAAGACAUUGCAGAUGCAAAUAACAGAAAUAAAGAAAAUGAACCACAUUAUGAACAGAGUGAAUUUUCCUAUGAUGUUGUUGAUGAGGACAGAGGCCUUGAAAAUACGCGGAACACAUGGGCAGGUAAGAGAGUUGAUACAAAACUAAUCAUUCUUUUAAAAGUCAUUGGCAUUAUUGUGUGCUUGUAGCUAAAAUAAUUGUUUUACUUAUAGGUAAUAAUGGAGAUGGAAGUUUGACAGUGCUCCAUCCAAUGGUUACUGAAGACAUUGCAGAAGUAAAUAUUGAUAAUGGAGAAAUUGAUCCAGAUUAUGAACCGAUAGAAGAGAAAAGCUCAAGUGAAGAUGAUGUUUCCGUUAAUGUUCCUCGCCAGAGGAAGGCUGGUCUCGGAGAAAAAGAAGACAAUACACAAACAAUUGAAGCUGAAGUGAAAAAAUGUAGGUUUUCAAGAGCAAGAAAAAGAGAAAAGUGUGUAAACCGUAACAGAGGGGUGUCAUACACAACUUUAAGCGGUAAAGUUGUCAAAGCUAGAGUAAUGAAACCUCUUAGAGACUGUCGAGCAGAAUGUAGAAAGAGACUUCCUGAAGACAUAAGAGAAAGUAUUUUUAAAGAAUAUUGGUCUCUUGGUAGUAGAGACAGGAGAGUAGCAUAUGUUGCCAGCCUUGUUGAUACUAUGGAAACCAAAACAUCAAGAAAAAGAGCUUACAAUCCUGAUAAAGAGAAAUUUAGAAUGGUUACACAUACGUUUCAUUUUAAGAUAAAUGGGAAAAGAGAAAAAGUUUGUAGGGGAUGUUUUAUGAACACAUUAGAUGAGACACAAAUGUUUGUAACUCUUGCAAUCACCAACAGAAGUACCUCUACAUCUGGUAUCACACAGCAGGACAACAGGGGAAAAACAUCACCUGGUAAUGCAAUUUCUGAUGAACGACUGGAUGAGGUUCGAAGGCAUAUACAAUCAUUCCCUUCUUACGAAUCUCAUUACACGCGAAGAACAAACAACAAGAAGUAUCUUCCUUCUUUUCUGGAUUUGAAUACUAUGUUCUCAUUUUACAAAGAAUCAACUUCUAAUCCUGUGGGGCGUACUGUAUAUACUAGGGAGUUUAAGUCCUUGGGACUAGCCUUUAAAGCACCAAAAGUAGACACUUGUCAUAGGUGUGACACAUUACAAAUGAAAGUGAAGCUAGCGAGUGGUGCAGAAGAAGAAGAUAUAAAACAGGAAAUAUCUGUGCAUCAUGCAGAAGCUGAUAAAGCAUACCUACAGAAAGAUCUCGACAAGAAAACUGCUAAAGAUGAUCCUAGCAAAAGGUGUUUUACGUUCGACUUACAACAAUGUUUGCCCACACCUUUUGUUCAGUCGUCUGUGUCUUUUUACAAAAGACAGCUCUGGACGUAUAAUUUAACUAUGCACGAAACUAGUAAACCAUCUGUUCGUUGUUAUAUGUGGCAUGAAGGCGAAGGUGCUCGUGGAGCAAAUCAAGUUGCCACAUGUGUAUUGAGAGAGCUUUCUGAGUUACCUGAAGAUGUAACGCACAUUAUUUUAUAUUCAGAUACAUGUGGCGGCCAGAACCGUAACUCGCAUGUAGCAGCAAUGUUUCUGUAUUUGAUGCAACAGAAAUGUAAUCUUCAGUUGGUGGACCAUAAAUUUAUGGUGAGUGGGCAUAGUCAUAUGGAAUGUGACACAGACCAUGCACUUAUAGAAAAGCAGAAGAAAAAACUGCGCUUCACUGUGUCACACCCCCAUGACUGGUACCAGCUUGUCAGAACUGUUGGAAGGAAAAACAAAUUUGAAGUUGUAGAACUUAAUCAUCAGGACUUCCUCAAUUUUGCUGAGCUGUACAAAACUAGUCUCUUUCUUAGAAAGAAGGAUAGUUCAGGAGAACCCUUCAAGUGGACUGAGAUGAGAUGGCUCAGAUACACUCAAGAACGACGAGUGAUUCAAUUUAAGAACACACUUGAUGAAGACGCACCUUUCAGAGAAAUUUGUUUAAAACGACGGAACCGCAGUCCAGAUGAGCUGUUACAUCCAAAGAAAUGUUAUAACUCCACACUUGCCAUUUCCAAAGAGAAAAAGAAGGAUCUCUUGGAGCUGUUGCCAUUGAUAGACACAGUUUUUCACAGCUUUUAUUUAAACUUGAAAACUACUGUGGAUGCAAGAGAUGUACUUCCUGAUAUAGAGGAAUUCAAUGAAUGAAUAUUUUUGCACUUUCCGGAGCUUUACCUUCCAAAGGUUUUUGUAAUAAGUAUACGAAUGUUGUCAAUUAAUCAUUUUCUUAGCAAAAAGUGUCAUCUAAUUUAAGAAAACCUGCAAUAUUCUCACCAGUAUAAGUCAUGUAAUUAAUGGUCUUAAGAGUACAUGUCUUUAAACCUGCAGUGUUCUCACCAGUAUAAGUCAUGUAAAUGAUGGGCCCUAACAGUACAUGUCAUUUAUUUAAUCUUUAGCAAUAAAGAAAGAAAUAUUGUUGUUGUAAAAUGCUAAUAAAUCAUUUACUAAGCAUAUGUAGCCAUUUGGUUUAUUUAAAAUAAUGGAAAUUUGAUAUUGUCACUAAUUUAAAAUCUUUAAACCUCUCUCCUGAAAAAUAGAAGUUUUUGACUUAUACUAUUACUCCCUGGAGCAAUAGAUAUAUCUAGACUGUUAAGGCAAAAGAGUAUAAGUCAAAAAUAGGCAAAAAUGAGAUAAGUCAUUAGUAUGAUUAAAAAAAAUUCAAUCUUUCAUUUGGUAAAAACAGUAUAAGUCUAGUGUAGCAAAUACUGUAGAAUAUGAGCAUAAGUCAAAGUAGAAUAAGUGAGCAGAUGUUGGUGAUGUUUAGAAAAAACAGUAUAAGUCUAGUUAUACUGUUUUGACUAAGCACAUGAAUGUUAAUAACCCAGGCCAAAAGAGUAUAUGUCAAGUUAUACUGUUUUGACUAGACACAUCUUCCAUUACAAAAGUGAAGUGUUCACUUAUACUUAAUGAACUUCAUGGCAAGAUUUCAAUUAUUAAUGUUUGUGCCAUAACAUUGUUACAAUAAUUAGGUAUAUAUUGUUACAAUAAUUAGGUAUGGUAACAAACUUGUUUGUGCUGUAUCUGUAAAUAUUAAUGUGAACUAAAUAUUAUCAAUGUUGGUACACAUGUAGAAAACAAAAGAAUUAUUUAAAAUAAGUCAUGUUUGAGUAUUUGUCCUGUAGUUUGAGGUAUCAUGCUCUAAGUAUGCGAAUGGAGUUGAAUUGAUGAAGUGAAAAUACUAGUGGUUGGGAAUGACAGAUGAGUAAUGUGAUUAAUAACAAAUACUGUAGAGAAUGUAGAAUGGCGUCUAGGAGCUUGAAGAUAAUAGAACUGGCGAAGCAAGGCUAUAAACAAAACAGCAAUUAUGGUAAGUAAAUAAUCCUAACGUUCAAGGUUAUGGACGUGCCAUUUUCGCAUUGUAAUUUACUUAUUUAAGUUUAAUAAAGCAGUAUCACCGUUUGCAAUAAGUUUUUUAGCCGAGAAUAAACACUUAAAAUUUUAGUAAAUGUGUUCGUAGAUGAGGCAGGAAUUAUUACGAAACGUUAGCAACCAAUUAAUAUUUGACCUUUGUUUACAUACAAUAUCGUCAUAGGAAUGCAAGUCUGUUAAUGAAUAAUAAUAAUAAUGUGAAAAAUACAUAACCUUACAGUUUUCAGUAAGUUGGGGUUAGGUUAUUAAUUUGUUUGUUCGGAUAUUAGAUUUAGAUAAACACAACUUUUUAAAAGUUAUGACGUUUCCAAAAUAUAGGUUUAAUUAGAUAAGAGAAAUGAAAAGUUACAUUUGAAAUUUUUGCUAUUCACAGUAAGUCAAACGUCGGAAAAAUACUUUUUAUUAAUAUACCUAUACUAUUCAUCUAAUAAUAUAUUUAUUUAUAAAUAUUCCUUAAUGGCAAACAUAUAAAAACGCUUAAGCUGGAUUUACAUCCAUGUAACUUAUGUACAUAAAUAAGUAAAAACACUGUGUGUGGAUGCAUUCACAUUCAACUUACCACAACCACACUGAUUAGACCUGCGCUUUGCUUCUUACGCACAUACAGAAUUGUAUGUUGUGAAUUCAGCUUUAACAGAAAUAGCACACCUCAACAUGAAAAAUACCAAGGCGCCGAAUUAAUUUAGCUUGGUUCUGUUCUAGUAUUUGAGUUUUUAUUAUCUCUUUGAUGGUUACUUAUUCCUGUUUCAUUUUCUUUAUUAGUAUUGUGGCAUUGUUGUUCAGGCUGUUCAAGAAGAGAAAGUAUAAUAAUUUAUUUUUGUAUAAAAUGCUGUUCGUUUUCUAGAUGUAAUAAUGUUAGCUCAACUACAUAUCCCGAUAUACCAUUUCAAAGUCACAAUUUUCAAUUAUUAUUUUUAUAGACGACUCAACAAUAUGCACAUAAUGGUAUGAUUACUGACACAGAAACUACAGAUCACUGGCUACUACUUGAAAUAAUAAAACCUGUUACUGUUUUCCAGUUUUAAAAAAAUUGGGUUGGAAUUUUUCAACCUCAAAAUUUUGACUUUAGAAUGCCAUUGUGGAAAAACUGGUUAAGUUAGGUAAAUUCUUUUUGUCAGAGAAAAACUCCCAAGUAAUGUCUGCAAAAUUAACAUUUCAUUAAAAUUUCUUUAGUUAUGUUUCCAAUUUUGAUGUAGUAGAUUUAUUGCAGUCUUCUUAUUUCAGGUCCUGUAGCAGGCCUACCACAAGAGCAUGCAUCAACAUCUUUUAACGACAGUGACGAUUACGUGGAACCUUCUACAGUGGCAGAGGGGAGUUUGCGAAAUGCUGAAAAUGCCUGCUUUGACUACGGUGAUAGUGUACGUACUACAGGCUUGCAAUCACCAGAGGUUACAAGUGAAAGUUCUGAAGCUUGUGUGAAACACGUUUCGGAUGACAGUGAAACAUCUACACUUGAACUGUGCGAUGACAGCGAUAUGGAUAAAGAUUAUUUCCCGGAAGGUCAUCAGUCUAGUAGUGCUGACGAAAAUUUUGAUGAAAUUAAUGUGAUUUCUAAAAAGCGUUCAAGUAAUAGUAGUGAAAGUAAAGCCAGAAAUAAGUACACACCAACUUCAGAUAAGGAUCAGCCAGUAUCAGGUGCUGAUGCAAAUGGUGAUAGGGAUAAAAUGGUAGUAGAAAAAAUAAAACGUGUUAAAGGUAAGGGUAUGUUUACUGUGAAGAAAAAACUUAAACGCAAACACAAUCGCAACAGGGGUAAAGAGUAUAUCACUAGCAAAGGAAAAACAAUUGCUGCUAGAACAUCAAGGCCACUCACGAAAUGUAGAAUGAACUGUCAAUCUAUAUUGGAAGAGAAUGCUCUGGAAAAUGACGCCAUUUAGGACGUUUUAUUUAAAGAGUAUUGGGCCUUAGGUGACAGGAACAAAAGAGUGGCAUAUGUGUGUGGCUUAGUUGAUUCCAACCCACCAAAGACGAGUAGAAAGAGAACUGAAGAUCCACAGAAGCAACGCAAUAGAUCUACAACUCACUACUUUCAUUUCAAGAUAAAUGGGGAAAGGAAACAAGUGUGCAGACAGUGUUUUAUGAAUACACUUGGUGAGACUAAUAUGUUUGUGACAUUAGCAUUAGACAACCGGAAAAGAAGUAUGUCUGGAGUGCCACAUGAUGAUUUGAGGGGAAGAAAACCACCGGCAAAUAAGACAAGUGAUACACGACUAGAAGAAGUGCGGAAGCAUAUACAUUCAUUUCCUUUGUACAACUCGCACUACACCCGUCGAAAAAGUAAUAAACUGUACUUACCUUCUUACCUUGAUUUACCAAAGAUGUACCAACUGUACAAAGAGGCUGUAGCAGAACCUGUAUCUAGAUAAAUAUACGAGAGAGAAUUCCGUAAGCUAAAUAUUUCCUUCAAGCUACCUAAAGUGGACACAUGUCACAAGUGUGAUUUGUUGCAUACCAAGAAAAGAUUAGCGAAAGAUGAAACUGAACGGAAUGGAAUCGAAGAAGAUAUAAGUUUACAUCAUGAGGAAGCAGAUAAUGCAUACCUGGGUAAAUCACAGGAUAAAUUACUUGCUGCUGAAGAUAAUUCAUUGAGAUGUUAUUCAUUUGAUUUGCAACAGUAUCUCCCAACUCCCUACCUUAAUACAUCUGUUGCAUUCUACAAACGUACACUAUGGACAUUUAACCUCACUAUGCACGAGACAAGUAAAAGGGAUGUAAAAUGCUAUAUGUGGCAUGAAGGGGAAGGAGGAAGAGGAGGAAACCAAAUUGCUACUUGUAUUUACCGGGAGUUGACUUCGCUUUCACCAGAGGUGAAACAUGUAAUACUGUACUCGGAUACAUGCGGAGGUCAAAACAAGAACUCGCAUGUGGCUUCCAUGUUUUUGACUGUUCUUCAAGAUAAUGCUAACCUUGAAAUAGUGGAUCAUAAGUUCAUGGUCAGUGGUCAUAGCCACAUGGAGUGCGACGUUGACCACGCACUUAUCGAGAAACAGAAAAAAAACUUCAGCUCCCUAUUUACCAUCCACAUGAUUGGUAUCAGCUAGUUCGCACAGCUGGAAAGAAGAAACAUUUUGAAGUUGUAGAACUUAUUCAUAGUGACUUUUUGAACUUUGCAGGGUUGCUAAAGGGUCCUUUGUUAUUCAGGAAGAAGGAUGAGACUGGAGAACCCUUUAGCUGGUUAAAUGCUAAAUGGUUCAGAUACACCAAGGAGUAUGGAAUUAUCAAAUUCAAAAAUAGUCUAAAAGAAGAUGAAGUAUUUAAAACUCUUAGCUUUAUUAGAAGAGGGCAGCCUACAGCAGUUCUUCAGCCUCAGAGAUGCUACACAGCUCCGCUGCAAGUAACGAAGGAGAAAAAGAAAGACAUUCUCGAUCUUCUACCUCUAGUUCCAGAUGUAUUCCAUCAGUUCUACCAAAAUCUGAAGACUGCGCCUGGAUUGGCGGAAGUUUAUCCAGAUAUAGAGGAACAUGUGGACGAUGAUUAAAUCACAGUCUACAGAAGAUAGCAUUUCAAAUGUAUGACAUUUACCUAAAAUUAUCAUUUACGAUUACAAAACUUGAAAAAUUCUCUGAUUUUUAUGGGACAUGCUACCCUUGAGAAAAGUUAAACGUAUUGUUACUGUUUCGAUUGUUUCAUUAGUUAUUUGAGACAAGAUAAUUUGCCUAAUUAUAGGUUUUCAAUAACAUUUGUGCAAAAACAAUCUGCAAAAUGGUUCAUAUUUAGUGAUACAAGUUUCAUUUUCUUAAUUUAAUUACAUUUAAUUAGUAUAUGUAGCUUCUCAUUUUAUUUUUCAAUUGUAAACAUGAUGUCAUUGUUAAAUUACAAAAACAUUAUAUAAAUAAUUGUAGUCAUAUUAGUAUAAGUCAAUAUCAUGAAAGGGUCUAAAUAGGAUAAGUCACAUAUCUUUUAUACUAAUACGUAACAGAAAGUGUAUCUGUAUGACAUAAUGAAAAAUGUAGUUUCAAAUUGCACUGUGAAAUUAACAAUCAUACCUGAUUACAGUGCAAUUUUAUAAACAAUAAAACAUCCAUUCUCGAAAAUUCACUUUAUCGACUUAUACUCUUUUGCCUUAACAGUCUAGAUAUAUCAGACCACCAUAAAAAUUAUUUACAGGUAAAAAUUAAUAUUCAUGGAUUGUAAAUUCAUAGAUUGUAGAACAGCAUAAUUUAACCAGAAGCAAUCAGAAUAAUCCAUUUCUGAAAUAUUAAAAUAAAGUACAUAAUUAUUCCAAUCAGAGAUUUUUUUUAAUGGUUCGUGCAAUUUUCUUCUCUGUUUCUUAUAAAUUUUUUGGCAUGGUGCUAAUAUUUCUGUAUUUCCUACUUCUUUUGUACUAAAUCAUAACCUGUUUUCCCAACGAAACAUUUUGUGCCAACAACACACUGUGCUCUGGUUGGUGCUACUCAUAACUCUUAAAGAAAAAAAUAUAUGUAUAACCAUUCUUGUGCUGUCAUAACUCCUACACGACAUUCAUGAACCAUUCGACUAGUAGCCUAUACAUAGUCAUACCUAUGUUAAGUAAAGGUCUUUUUUUUAAUUUUCAAUCUUCAGCCCACCUUUAUCAAUUUUGUGUUUUGUUGACUUUCAGUUAGAACACCUUGACUUCAAUUUGUGUCUAGGUGUUCCAUUGCAGUGCUUUCUGGUUACCCUUGUUUGCGUUGUGAUACACCAGGGUCCUGUUGCACAAUGAACUACAAGUUAAUAAUAUUACUGAAAUACUUGUAACUUGUAGAACUGUGGUGCACAAUAAGAAUUCA